AUGAAUGGCUACGGAUCGCCCUACCUGUACAUGGGGGGCCCAGUGACCCAGGCCCGAGCGCCGCUCCAGAGGACCCCCAAGUGCGCGCGGUGCCGGAACCACGGUGUCCUGUCCUGGCUAAAGGGCCACAAGCGAUACUGCCGCUUCAAGGACUGCACCUGUGAGAAAUGCAUCCUGAUCAUCGAGAGGCAGCGGGUCAUGGCGGCGCAGGUGGCGCUCCGCAGACAGCAGGCCAACGAGAGUCUGGAGAGCCUGAUCCCGGAGUCUCUGAGAGCUCUGCCCGGAAUCACGGUGCCUGGACCUGGCGAGGGGAACCAGGGCCUGCAGCCCCGUUCUGGAGGAAUGGACCUCCUAUGGACCUCGAAACAGACUGCCAACAUGCAGGACCUGAGUGAGGAUACGUCGGGGGACCACUCCGGUGGGGAGAAUGGUGGUGGUAGCGGCAGUGAGAAGGACCAGGACCCUAGCAGCUCACCCGAGGGCUCCAAGCCUUCCUGCUUCACCCCCGAGCCCCCAGACACCCCAAACCAGGCCGAGGAGUGUCGCUACACCUUCCCCAAGACCUGCAGCACCUCUCCAGAGCCCAAGGCAGACAGCCCCACUAAGGGUUACCCCGGUGUUGGGGCAGGGGGGCUGCCAGUGGACCACAGCCUGGUGAUUGAGGGCCUGUCUGGGUCUGUUUCCCUUCCCUUCAACCUGCGAGCCAACCGGCCACCCCUGGAGGUGCUGAAGAAGAUCUUCCCGUCCCACAAGCCCCCGGUGCUGGAGCUGAUCCUGCAGGGGUGUGGAGGGGACCUGGUGGGGGCCAUCGAGGUGCUGCUGUCCAGCCAGGCCCAGGAGGCCAGGGGGGGUCACCCCCACCCCGACACCCUGGUCCUUCCCUCUAAUAGCCACCUCCUUGAUCACCCCCUGGGGUCCUACCACUCUCUGGCCUCAGCCGCUAAGUGGUCUGUGGGCUCUGCUUUCAGGGUGCCUGAGUCUCUGCGCUUCUCGUCUGACUCGUCGUCCGGCCCCCUGGCCCUACACCCCGGGUCUUUCCCCCAUCCCCCACGCUACCCCUUGAUGCUGAGGAACUCUCUGACACGUGGCGGCCAGGUCGGACCCUUCUGCAAUGACGUGACACUGUGGAACACCAUGACACUGCAGCAGCAGUACCAACUCAGGUCAGCUCAGUACGUCUCUCCUUUCUCCUCCACUGGCGUCUUCCAACGCUCUCCGCUCCUCUCCUCUUCCUCCUCCUCCUCUCCGCUCCUCUCCUCCUCCCGCCCCCAAGAAGAGCACCGUCUCUCCCAGCUGGAGGAGGGCUGCCACCCUACCCCCAUCCCCCCCACCCCCGGGGCCAAACAGACCCUCUACACUCAUGAGGAGGAGUACGAGGACCGCUCAGACUCCUCCGACUCACGAAUUCUCAACUCCUCCACCUGA